CAAAUAAAAGCCGACACCGACAACAACCGAUACACAUGUUUUUUGUACGAUUAUGAAAACAUAGACACAAAAUUAAGUAGGUUGUAACAUUAAACAUUUCACACACCUUUGACGACUCUGAGUAUAAAUUCGCAUUGACAUAUUUAAUCGUUUAUGCUUCUGUGGAUGAAAGCUCUUGAUAGCUCUUGACUCCCUAGAUAUAACAUGGACAGCAAAAAUAACAAUGAUGGAGCAUCCGGCUCCCCUCCGGAAUUUAGAGAAUUUAAAGUGGGACAAGAUGAAGAACUUAGAUUUGAAGUGGAAGGAGGCAAAGGCCAAGUGGUUAGUGUAGUGAUGGUGGAUGGAAUGGCGGAGGUAUUCGGAACGGAAAUGAUUAAGGGGAAAUCAUAUCAAUUUGGUCCUGGGACAAAGUUAGCGAUUUUCACAUAUCAUGGGUGCACUAUUCAUUUAAAGGGAAAAACUGAAAUAGCAUACGUAGCAAAAGAAACUCCAAUGGUCAUGUAUCUUAAUGCUCAUGGAGGAUUAGAAACACUACGAAGAACGGCUGAGACAGACGGAAAGCGAGGUCCAAUUGUUAUGAUUGUUGGCCCCACAGAUGUUGGAAAAACUACGCUAAGCCGACUUCUAAUCAAUUACGCAGUUCGAUUAGGAAGGCGUCCAAUCUAUGUCGAUUUAGAUGUCGGACAAGGGAUCAUCUCAGUUCCCGGUACAGUUGGUGCAAUGCUAAUAGAACGCACGGCCUCGAUCGAGGACGGUGGUUUCAUUCAACAAGCUCCCAUGGUCUACUUUUUUGGUCACAAAUCCCCUCAAGAGAACAUCCCUUUGUACAAUUUACUGGUUUCAAAGUUAGCCGAAACUGUUCACGAAAGAAUGGAGAGCAAUAGAAAAGCAAAAGCUUCUGGUGUGGUUAUUAACACUUGUGGUUGGAUCAUUGGAGAAGGUUAUGGGAUUAUUACUCACAUUGCCCAAGCAUUUGAGGUUGAUGUCGUCGUAGUUUUAGGUACUGAACGUUUAUAUACGCAAAUGAAAACUGAUAUGCCCUCAUUUGUGAAAGUUGUAUUUCUACCUAAAAGUGGAGGGGUUGUUGAGAGGACUAUCAAGGCAAGACAGGAAGCCAGAGAUAAUAGAAUUCGAGAAUAUUUUUACGGGAGGCCCCCACUUAAUCUUUUGCAUCCUUAUUCCUUUCAAAUAAAAUUUACAGAGGCAAAAAUUUAUAAAAUUGGUGUCCCAGCCGUUUCACAAUCAUGCAUGCCACUUGGUAUGAAAGGCGAAGAAAUGAGAACGAAACCAGUCUUGGUUACUCCAAAUCAGACUGCACUUCUUCAUCGACUUUUAGCUGUCAGUUUUGCCACUGACGAAAGUAGUGAUGAAGUGGUUAGAACAAAUGUUGCAGGGUAUGUCUGUGUAACGGAAGUAGAUGACGAAAAAGGAAGAAUGACGGUUCUGUCACCACAAGACAAACUCUUGCCGAAAACUUUGUUAAUUUUAUCUGAAAUUCUCUUUAUGGAUUCUCAAUAAGGAGUCGAUCCGAUAUCUCUUUCCUAAUAUUUCAGUCUUAUACAUAAUGUUUAUUAUUCAUUAAUUAUCAUGGGAAGAAUACAAUGAUAUAUAAAUAAAUUAUUUUGUUACAAACA